ACGCAACACAUCGACGUCGCUCCGAAAGUAUAACGGAUAUACGUUCAUUAAAUCACUCCGUGCAAAACCAGCGAUGAAUAUGCAGAAUCCUGUCUGAACGAUAGCUGCUAGCAGAGUAAAAAAGCUGCCUGUAUCUUCCCACACUGGUCCUGUUAGUGGAGGUCGAAGGUCAAGAAGGAUCACAAAUUGUCGGAAUACGCCCAAAGUUUUGCAAGAUUAUUGAGGGGUUUGUGUUGUACGCCCCCCUUAGAGCCAGGAAGACUCGGUGAAAAAAUCUCUCACCGUUCCUAGCUGACGGAAGUAGGUCCGUAAGCGGAAACAGCUACUCAUUGGUCGUCGGGUUGCUUGAAGCGUUUGAUUGGCUUGGGUUGUUUACGCUGGGCUCGGCAGCUGGUCCCUGCCGUAGCCAUUACUGGUAAGAAGCCAUCUACGAAGUGUGGUAAAGCUAGUCUAUUUUGAGUGUGGUGUAAAACGUUCCAGAAAAUAUGAUGUAAAAAUGAGUACGAAUUUUAUGGACGGACUCCUGGGGAACAAGUAUCCUGGUGAUCCUGUACCCCCACCGGCCACGCUGUCUAGCUAUGGACCGUCGCAACACCGCAUGUAUCCAUACGCAGCCUUGUCUCCUCAGUCGUCAGUAGCUGUUACAGGCAAUCUUUACUACACGUCAAAUUUAGAUCUGGCCAAGUCUUGUCGAUACUCGAGUAGUCAAGGAAAUGGCCUUGACAUGUGUGGUACGGGGUAUAGUUUCGGCUUGCCAAACUGCGGUCCCACCGCUACCCCUGGCAUGAUGGCACCCACCCAGUUCCUACCGCAUCCAGCCAGUCCCGACCUGGGUUCUCCGCUCUCGUCUUGUUCGCAACUGGCGAUCAGGGAAGCAGAUCCCAUACCGGACGUGCCCCGCUACCCAUGGAUGACAAUAGCCGGCUUAAGAAGUCAUGGCGACUUUGGCCUUUCCGUCCAUCUCCCGUUUGCAGGACCAAAUGGAUGUCCCCGUAGAAGAGGACGACAAACUUAUACCCGAUUCCAAACCUUGGAACUGGAAAAGGAAUUUCACUUCAAUCAUUAUCUGACACGGAGGAGAAGGAUAGAAAUCGCUCAUGCUCUCUGUCUAACGGAGCGGCAGAUCAAGAUAUGGUUUCAAAAUCGGAGAAUGAAGCUGAAGAAGGAGCUGAGAGCCGUCAAGGAAAUAAACGAACAAGCACGACUGGAGGCCAAACUGAAAGAGCAAGACGACGACAAACAGAGCAAGAAGUCUUCUCUGGAUCAACCGCAGGCACAAAACAAAGAACAAGCUAUAGAUAGUUCGGAUGCGGGAGCGGCCGACCGAGGGAGUAGUCCAGGUGCGGCCAUUGUAGUUAGUCGCUCUGUCAAUAGAAUGCCCAACGAAGAAACGUCUUCUUCGGGGAAGUCUCCAGAUUUUGUCAACGCUCAACAACCUUAGAUAUAAGUUGACGGUUUACCGACGACCAUCGAUUCGUAUUUGCUAAGCUAGCCAUUAAGGACUGGACUUUCGAUAUAAAUAUAAAUAUAUAUAUAUAUAAAAGGACGGUUGGAAUUUGUGCUGACUUUUGUUUGAAAAUCGUUUAUUUGGUUCUCCUCAACUGACCCCAAGAAUGGGUCUUUUAUAUUAUAAUACAGGGAAAUUGAUCAACCUACUUUCAUUUUUGAAAGUUUUUUGUUUUUUUUUAAUUUUACUUACGUCGAUAGCAGUAUUGUAAUUAAUCGCAGUUAUUUAGGAAAUUAUAUUUUUAAUUUAAAAGUCUUUUAAUUUUUAAAAUCAUUAAUUCCAUUUGUAACUCAAAUUAUGUUAUUCCAGUUUGGGGCUUCCCAUCUGUUAAUUAGGCGAUUGAAUCUAAAAUCGUCUCAUCCUCAUGUUUUGUACAAAUAUACAAAUGUGUGUUGUUCUGUAUAAUCCUUCGUUAUGUAAUUAAGAACUAGUAUAUAUAUUUUUCCCCUUUGAUUUUAAUAUUUUGGCUAUAUCUGAUGGUAACGAUAGCCUUUUGUUUGUUUUUUUUUCAAAGAAAAAUCAGGGUUUUUAAUAUGGCGUAUGCUUGUUUGCUGUUUACGCACAGGGUCUUUUUUUCUUAUUUUAAAAUUAGUUGUUUUUAAACUGUUUUUUCCUUUUAUAUUUUCGCUUUUCUUGUGAUAAAAUAAAUAAUUCUAAUUGUUAUGGUUAGAGAAGGUUUUGGAUUUAACUUUUAAUGGUCUGAAGGACUUGAAUAUUUUUGCUUUGUGUUUUGUUUCAUGUUUUUAAUAUGGGAAAACGGCAAUCAUCAUUCUCGUUAAUGAAAAUAUAUUUCGAAUUGCUUCGAAAUUAAAAUAAAGAUUAAUAAAGUAAUAAGGAUAAUAAUCAUGUUUUUGUUUUGUUUUGCAACAUAUUCUAUGAGUUUAAUAGAAAAUGUAUGCUUGUUGGUUAUUCUAUAAUGUUAAUAUUUGGAAAAUUGGCAAUAGGUCUUCCGAAAUCAUUGCCAAAUAUAGGCCUAAAUGGUGCCAUAUAGUAUGUUGAGCCAACAUGAUUCGAGUCAAUUGUGCCAUACCUGCAAGUAUUUCUUAACAUUACAACAAUCUUUGUUGCUUCUUACUAAAGAUAGGAUAUUAACUUCUGAUUAUAGAUCUAAUAGGGCAUUGUUUUAUUUGAUUUUUAUUCAAACUCAAAUGAAAUAUAAAAAAGAAACUUUGUUAUGUGCAAUAAAUCAUAUCAGUUUUCGAACAAUUUGCAUAUGAUUUACGUUGAAGUUGCCGUUUCCUCUCUAAACAAAGAAAAACUUAGUAUCCAUAUAAAGUGCACGUGUAUCUGUCUCUCUCUUAAUCUCUUAUUAUACAUGUAUGUGUACAUAUGCAUAUAUAGAUGUAUAUAUGGAUAUGUAUGCCUAACACGUAAAUACACGUACAAUAUAUAUUCCAUAGCGUGAAUGUUCAUCCUCGCCCUAAUCUAAUCCGAAAAAGAAUGUCUGGUGUCAUCGUCCGCUGUAGAUCGAGUUCAAUGUCAUAAAAUCGUAAGCAAAUAGACGUUUCUUAAAUAAAAAAAAAAAAUUACUACUGCAAACGGGGUAUUGUAUUUUGCCCAGACGUACAGUAGGCUAAAUGUAUCCAGAAUUCGUACUAUGAAAGCGUUUGAUGUGAUCUGACGUCACGGGCUCCAAACUGAUGUUAGGUCGAAGCAGUACAAGUUCCACUAUAAUUUAUUUCAUCUUUAAAUAUCUCAUUGAUCAACGUUGCGAUUAUUUCAGAUGAUGUGAUUUAUCUUCCAAUUUCAUUUUUUUCAUAAGCUUUGACUCGGUUAGAAGAUUUUUAAAAUUUGAGGAAUGUUUUUCUUCUAACUAAAAAUCAUAACUUUCCAAAUAUAGAGUUUGGUUGGGUAAGAUUUUGUUUAUGUUUAAAUUUCUUAGUUAUGGUAUGAAGGUUUUAAACCACGUAUAAAGCAUCAAAAUAUGAAAUUUUAUGCAAUAAAUUACAAUUUAAUCUAUUUAUAUAAGAGUGCAAUGGAAUGAAAGUUUUGACAUUUUAACCACGUUUUAGAGGAAAUGGUCCUUUUUAAUUUAUGUUCUCGGCUAUAGUAUUAAUGUAAAAUUGGUAACGUGACGUCAUAACACAGCACCCAAUCACGUCAGUUGUUGUAUGGUGACUGUAAAAAUUGAAAUAGUUAGGUGCUUUUACUCUUGCACGGUGACAUGUCUAAUUCACCAGUAAUCCCUCCUCUGCUCAAAACUCCUGUACAAUCUCUUACAGGUUAAAUACAUCUAAAAGUUCUCACGCUAAUUUCGUGUCUUUGUCGAUUAGAUAAUAGUGAUUUUGUCAAUCCGAGCGCCCCAUUGGUGGUGUAUGUUCAUGUACUAUACCUCUUUCGGUACUACUUGAGCCGAGCUGUAGCUUUUGGCUUUAAGUAGCCAGAUAUGUGACUAGAAGAUCACUCGAAUACCGAGACUUCGAAGUCAUAGUCAAAUACGUUAUAAUUAUACGUCAGAUUGCCGGAUAUACAUGAUGUGCUGAAUAAACAUGCUGUGAGAAUA